AAACUUGCAACCCCACUGAUCUUGCCAGCUCCUUCUCUGAACCCAAAAAUACUUCUCUCUCUCUCUCUCUCUCUCUCUCUCUCUUAAAAAUGGCACCAGCAUCGGACUCUAUCAACCAGACCUCCAACAGAGUCUGUGUAAUGGAUGCAUCAGGCCACGUAGGCACCACCCUCACAGAGCGCCUUCUGCAAAGGGGUUACACAGUCCAUGCUGCCCUUCAGAGCCAUGGUGAAUCGCGGUUGGGUGAGCUUUCGUGUGACAAAAAGAAGCUCAAAGUAUUCAAUUUAGACCCAUUUGACUACCAGAGCAUACUUGAUGCUCUCAAAGGUUGCUCUGGCUUGUUCUAUGCAUUUGAGCCUCCACCAGACCAACCCAACUAUGAUGAAUACAUGGCAGAAGUAGAGGUGAGAGCAGCACACAAUGUGCUAGAAGCAUGUGCAAGAACAGAAACCAUAGACAAGGUUGUGUUCACAUCUUCAGCCACGGCUGUGGUUUGGAGAAGCGACCGUAAAUCAAUGACUCUGGAGUUGGAUGAACGACACUGGACUGAUGUCAAUUUCUGUCGCAAUUUCAAGUUGUGGCAUGCCCUAUCAAAAACCCUAGCAGAGAAGACUGCAUGGGCCUUAGCAAUGGACAGGAGCUUGAAUAUGGUGUCUGUGAAUGCAGGGUUGUUGAUGGGUCCUGAUCUGUCCAUCACUAACCCCUAUAUGAAAGGAGCGGCUGAGAUGUAUGAAGAUGGCGUGUUGGUGACCGUCGAUGUUGAUUUCUUUGUGGAUGCUCACAUUUGCGUCUUCGAAGAUGUCUCAUCCUACGGUCGAUAUUUGUGCUUCAACAACAUCAUCAAUCGGUCUGAAGAUGCUGUAGAGCUGGCUAGAAAGUUGACCCCUUCUGCCCCCUCAUAUCCCAAAAGCCAAGAUCAGGAUGAUAUGAUGAUCAUUCAACAGCGGAUUAGCAACAAGAAAUUGAAUAAACUAAUGGUGGAUUUCAAGAGUAAAUCCCAAGAAUGUUGAUGAUGAUGUUGGCAAUUAGAAGGCGCAUGUCAUUAAGAAUUUCAAAAUAAUUUUCGUGUAUAUUUAAUAUAUAUAUAUAUAUAAUAGUAUAAUUAAUAGUUAAUAAUAUCUUAUUUGAUUUCCUUCUUUUUGAAGCUAGAAGGUUUUCAGUAGUGCUUUGGACAAUCGCCCAUGGACAACUGUGUGGGAAUAGGUGCAGCCGAUUGUCCUUAGCAUUUUUCGAAAUUUUUGUAUGUUGCAUUAUUAUUUCAGAAAUCAACCAAAGCACUUAUAUGGUGGCCAUAGAAUACAAAGUUUCAAAUUGCUUUGUAAGUUGUAAUUAUGGUUAUCAUAUUAAUUUUCUCCAAGUGGGAGUCAUUGUUAGAGUUAAAA